UUUCAUGUUUUAACUGUUUGCAGGAUAACUUCUUCUCGGUCAUAUCAGUGACUGGUAAUGGUGAUGUGUUUCUAGAUGCUCAGUACACAAGGGAGGGUGAGAUGGAAGAUGAACGAGUGGACCUUGUUUUGGGGAGGAUCAGGAACAAGUAUGAUUGGAGCAACACAGACUGGCCAGUUUUAGACCCUGAAGAGUCUAAAAUGGAGGAACCCGACAGCCAUGAUAGAGGGUCAGAAGCUGAUAAGAUCGUGGAUCAUACGGAUGUUGUAGCAGACGAGGAGAACUCUUCGGUUAAGGUCGCAGGAAAAGGCAAGAGAAAGUUUCUUGAUGAAGGAGCAGAGACAAGAAAGAAGAAGGUGCUGUGUAAGCGAUCAGCAGAAAAGUUUCUGACUUUUGGUCCUGAAACUAUGAGUUUCAUUGAGGGUCUUAUCCGCACAUCUGUCACUUCAUUGGGAGAUGUGCUCAGUAUGCAAAUGGCGAAUAUGGAGAGGGUGUUUACAGAGAGGAUGGGAAAGAUGGAGAUUGAGGUUUCACAGCUCAAGGACGCAAUCAGUUUGACUGGUGAAGGAAGCUAUCCUAGUAAGAAAGAAACUGAAGAAGCUCCACUAAACAGCAAAGCCAAGGAAGCUCCACCUAAGAGCAAAGGCGCUCAAGCUCCACCUAAGAGCAAAGGCGCUCAAGCUCAACCUAAGCGCAAAGGCGAUCAACCUACUCCAACAAAAAAGUGGAAUGAUGAGGAAAUGGAUCGAACCAAAGAAGACUCGCCAGAUGCCGCGUUGGUGUUUUUCCGUGAAGAGGAUUGGGAAAAAGUUAGAACUUGGUCAACUUCCUCCACACCUAUACGGAUUGGACCUGCCACUUUAGAUUUUGAGAUUGCUAAUCGUCUUAUGGAUAAAUCUGAGUGGUUAAAUAGCUUGGAGAUUGACGCUGCAAUGUACGUAUUCCGGGAGAGAACAUCUUUGAAACGAUGGAGACCUCAUCGUGUCGCCUUCAUGACUGUCGUCUUCAGCAAUAUGAUUAAAAAAGAGUAUGGUCAUUUAGAAGCUCAGGGUAGAAAGAGCUACAUGCUUCAUAAUUUGCUACUGCAGUUCGGUAAAGGAGUCCUUCCACCACAUGGCAGGACACAUGAGAUAUGGAAUAUAGAUGUGGAUCGCCUGUAUGUCCCUGUUCAUGUCAGUGGGAAUCAUUGGAUCGCCUUGUGCAUCAGUUUCGUGACGAGGAGCAUUGAAGUGUUCGACUGCUCGGGUAAGAAAAGGUACAAGGAGGUGGAUGGGUUCGCAAACCUUAUUCCGCGUAUUGUCAAGGCAGUUCAGCCUAUGAGACACCAGAAGGAUUUCGCAGUCGGUGCAUAUACUGUUUCCUAUGUCCCCGUUGGGAAUCUGAAUAAAAGUGCAUGCGACUGUGGCGUCUAUGCAGUGAAGUUCAUUGAGUGUCAUGCGCUUGGAUUGGAGUUGUCGUUGUUGCAUGAUGGUAACAUUAUCGAAGCUCGCCACAGGAUUCUAUGGGAUCUUUGGGAAGCAGCUAAUGAUCCGGAAUUGAUUGAUAGGAUGUCAAAGUAUCAAUCCCCGGAGUGUCUCUCUUCGACUGUAGAAGAGAUUUUGUGAGACUGCUUGGUUUCAAGUUCUAAUGUAAUGAACAAGAUUGCUUAAUCUGAUGUAUAACUUCUAGAUUUUAUUAUCAUUUUUAGGAACAAGACUGCUUAGUUUAUUGUAUAACUUCUAGUGUUUAAUUAUGAUUUUUAGGAUUGACU